CUUACUGUCCGUCCAUUUUCUAUUUCAUAUCAUUAGCAGUGUCACCCAUGCCGGGAAUCAAAACGGCCAGUGUCCCGCAGCCAGCGGCGGAGAGUACUGUGAAACUCAAGAUAGGAAAGUCUGAAUGGGAUAAAGCUGUGCAGGUUCAAGUAACGGGCGAUGUGGCCGAACCCGAGUUUCAUCAGUGUAGGAUUGUCGCCGAGUCACUAGCCACUGAACAGCUCAAAACAAUUAUAACCCCCCUCCCAGCCCACCUUUACAAAGCAUACCGUCAAAAUCUUAAGAAAAACUACCACGUCCUCGAUACCUUAUUCCCAACUACCCUCAUCGAAUUCCACACACCCACCAAAACCACCCUCCUCACCUCGCUCGAGUUCCUUUCCUUGGCUGCAGUGCACACCUCCGCCAGUCCUCCUCCUCUUGAUUUCUCAGAGAUUGCUAAACAACAGGUGGAGAAAUAUGUCAAGGAGUUGGGGAAUCCUGUUGUGUACUUGACGUUAGCGGAUGGAGAUGAGGUUUUGGGGGAGAAGAUUGUGAUAGAGUUGUUUGCAAAGACGUGUCCAAAGAGUACUGAGCAUUUUUUGAAGCUGUUGGAGCGGUAUGUUGGCGUGAAGCUGAAGCGGGUUGUGGAAGGGGGAUGGGCUGAGUUUGGGGACAUACUGGAUGAAUCUGGCCAUCCCGUCCGCGAACCGAUUCUCGAAGACGAAAACUUUAUUCACUCCCAUGAAGCAUAUACACUCUCCUACAUCUCCCCUUGUGCACAUCAAAACACGACCCCCUUCUUCAUAACACUGGCACCUGUCCCGACAUUUGAUCGGAGAUUCGUUGUGUUUGGCCGGGUUUUGUUUGGAACCGGUGUGUGCGGGCGUGUGCAGGGUGCUAAAGGCGAGGUAAAGAUUGCCGAGGCAGGCGUUUGGAAGGGCGUUGGCUGAAAGGUUGGGUGAUGCGGUAUGGGGUUGUACGAGUUGAACGUUCAGUGGGGACAGAAAGCGAUCCAUAUAAUGAGAUAAGCGUCAAAGUAUAAUGAUGCAAGAAAUUCUAGCAAAUUGACAGGAUUAAAGAGUAGAAGCAGAUGUAUAUGCGCUCCCACAGUCACUAAAUAUGCCUAGCACAUCUACG